AUGCGUGAGCGCAUCGUCAAGAACGACCUCCCGCCGGGCAGCAAGCUGUCCGAGGCAGAGAUCGCCAAGAGCUAUGGCAUCAGCCGGCAACCGGUCCGCGAAGCUUUCAUCAAACUGGCCGAGGAGGGGCUUCUCCUGAUCCGGCCGCAACGCAGCACACUUGUCACCAAGAUCGACUACCCGACCGUCCUGCAAUCGCGGUUCGUUCGGGAAGCCGUCGAGGCCGACAUCGUGCGGUUGCUCGCACAGGAUCCGCAGCCGGCGCUGGUUCAGGAAUUGCGAUCGCAAUUACGGAACCAGGCCAAGAUCGGCAAGACGUCCUCCGCGGACUUCAUCAAUGAAGACGAGAUAUUCCACCGCACCCUUGCAGAGGCUGCCGGAAAGGACGUUGCGUGGCAAUUCGUGGAAGGGCUGAAGAGCCAGAUGGACCGGGUCAGGUUCCUGAGCUUCGAACUCUUUCCAAUCGCCACGCUGAUCAAACAGCACACGGCCAUUGUCGAUCAGAUCGAAGCAGGCAACCCGGACACAGCCUCCCGGGCGAUGCGUGAACAUCUGAACGAGAUCCUCAAAACUCUGCCCCAGAUCAUUCAGAGAAAUCAGAUCUAUUUUGAUCGCUGCGAGGAUCUGGCGACUGAUGGAUCACCAUUCAACAGGGAGUGA